AUGUAUGUUCGUUUCAUCAUACUAAGUGAAGAUAUUCAAAAUUAUUUUUCCACAUUAAUUUUAUGGGCAUUGUUGACAGCAUUUCUAGCCAGCAAUAUGGUUAUUGCUUUUCAAAAAAAUAUUAAUGAAGAUAAAUAUGUUGUUAAAGUUUUUAUUUAUUAUUGUUUACUAUUAGAUUAUUCUAUAAUGAUUCUGAUGACAUAUUUUAUAUCAAGAGUUAAUGCAAAAAUUAAUUCGUUUCGUUUCCUGAUUGAAGAUACAAUAAGCCAUGCAAAUCAUUCAACAAGUUUUCAUUUUCGUUUAUAUAUGGCUACAAUUUAUCAACGUAUGAUCAAUAUUAAACCAUGGGGAAUCAAAAUUGGUUCGAUUACUGUAUUGACAACAUGGGUGUUUUUCAAACUCAUCAUAAUUUAUGCACGUUUCACAUUGUUAACAUUCAAAUUAUCGAUUAAAAAUAGUUCAUAUUCAUCUAAAUAUUAUAAUUCUAUUAGUAGUUUUUAUGCAAAAUUUCUAUUACUUAAUUAUUCAAAAUGUUUAUGGUUAUCAUUACCACGAUUAGAACAGUUUCGAUUUCUACUUCUCAUAUUUUUUUCAUUAUUUUAUAUGACAUCCGGUCUUGAAUUAAUCCAUUAUACCAAAACUGAACGCUUUUUACUUGGCGAUAUUACCAUCAUUUUGACAGAUCAUUUGAACGAAUUAAGUAGAAUGAAGUCAUUAUUUAUAUGGCUUACUCUUGUUGUCGCCUUGAUUGUUGCAUACGAUAUGUUUAACACUAAACGUUCAAAUGCAUUUCUUUUUCUCAAUUUAUUGCUGCAUCUUUUUCGGUUAGGAGAAUUUAUUGAAACAAUGCCAUUAUGGCAGUUAAUAAUCAGAGCAAUAUCACUGUACUUGUUAUGCGUAUCAAUCAAUUUCUUUGUAACAUUUUUCUACAGUAUAUCAUUAUAUGGAAUUUAUUCUGUUUGGACCGGUUACAAAACAAUUAAUCAGAUACGGAUGAAAAUCGAUGUAAUACUUGCUAAAUAUAAAUAUUAUAUUAUGAAACAAAAAUAUAUUUUUUGUAUACGAUUAAGUGAACUACGAUUAUUGAAAUUAUUCGAAAUGUAUGCACGAUUGAUUAUUUUUACCGAACAAGUUGGAUUAUAUGCAUCAAGAAUGAUAUUAUGGUCAAUUAUUUUUACAUUCAUGACCAGUCAAUUCACUAUUUAUUCUAUAAAAGAAAUAAAAGGAGAUAAAAUUUCCGUUGGCAUUAUACUAUAUUAUCUACUCAUUAUUGAACAUGUUAUAAUAAUUUUAAUUUCAUAUACCAAUUCAUUAUAUAAUACAAGAUUGAAUUCAAUACACACUAAUAUACGUCAUACAUUAAUACAAACGAAUCAAACAUCAAAUAAAUAUUUUAAAUUUAAAAUGAUGAUUAUCAAUCAAAAUAUGAUUAAUACCAAACCAUUCGGUUUAAAAAUUGGACCUAUCAAUGUAUUAACUAAAAUCAUCUUUGUAAAGCUCAUCAUAUAUUAUUUCCGUAUUACAAUUCUAUCUCAUAAAUUAUUCAAACAUCAAUCAUAA